GAGCACACACAUUACCCCACACACGGAGAGAGCUUGAGGAGCACAUUCUUACACGCUGCAAAGCUGUUGCUUGGACGACCGGAGAUGGAAGCAGAGACGGGAAUCACAGCACAGAGGAAGGGAAAAGGAAGAAGAACAAGGGUGGGGGGAAAAAAAGAUCUGCAGGUUUAAGGUUUUAAAAAAAGUGUGAGCUUCGGGACGGGAUCGCGUGAAGAUCACCUGCAGGAAAAGUGCGGACUGAAAUAGAAACUUGCAUUUAGGGAGAUCUUGUGGGAAAUGACUAUAAAGUGAACAACUUCUCCAGCAGGAUUCAAAGGCCAGAGGCGACGCCCCAGCAGCCUACUGGAAUACAGAAUUAAUGACCGUGUCCUUGUCCUUGAGAGCAACCAUAUACGAAUAAGCCGACACUCUCCGGAGACUGCUGUGUAAUUCAGACGUGCUUUAUCACACUUGCACUGUAUGUGGAGAUAACAGACAGGUACAGCAGGCCAGCAGUGAUAUAACUGUCUGUUUGUCUCUGUAACACCAUGGAUUCAGAGGAUGAGCCCUUGUUGCUCCAGGCUAUGUGGGACUUUAGUGAGUACGAGGAACAACAUGAUGAAGAGGAGAAGGAAGCUUGCGAGGAAGGAGUUGAAGUGGUCAGGGGAGAGCCGGUUUGUAGAGGAAUAUGGUGGGUGGUAGGAUCGAUUUACACUCGGCCCUGGGCCAGUGGAGUGGUUCUUGUUGUAGGCUUCCUGCUUCCCUUGACUCUUUCUGCCUACAUGUUCAUCUACUGCGAGCCGUUGGACAUUGAUCUCUCCUACAGUGCCUUUGAAGUAAGGAGCCAUUCAUCUGCAGAGCGCUUCGAUGCACUCACCAUUGCACUGAAAAGCCAGUUAGGGUCUUGGGAUAGACACCGGCGUGACGCAGAGGGGUUUGAUUUUGAAUCAAAUGCUCUUAGGGAUUUCCUGUUGCUAAAAUUAAACAGACAAGAGAACAAGCCAGCGGUGACCAAUCAGACACUACUAUAUGUGGAUUUAGAAACUAGCCAGGGUCAAUUUAAGGAAGCACAAAAGCAAGGAGGCAGCAUAAACACUAAAACAGAGAAAACAAUGAAGAUGUUGCAUGAUGAGAAACCAGGAGGAAAAACGAGACAAACUAGAAAAGUGACCGAAUCUAACAGAACACACGUGAUUAAGGAAUUGAGCUCAGCUGCUGUCAGAAAACCAAGAUUCGCAGGUUACUCGUACCUUCAGACCCAGGCACUCUGGAGGAUAGAGCUGGUGUUUGUGGCCCAGGGCGACAAGGAGAACAACAUCUUUACCCCUGAGCGUCUUCAUACCAUCCACCAUGUGGAGCGCCUCCUCAUGCAACAUCCACAGUUCCAGCAGUUUUGCUGGAAGCCUCUGGAGGUGUUGAGAGACCUUCCUCUGGGGCCUUCAUACUGCUCACCCCCUAGCUCCCUCCUCUCCUACCUCUUCCCCAGUGAGCGAGGAGGGAAGAUCUACUUUGAUGGCAUGGGUUCAGACCUGGCAGACAUACAAGGUGCUUUGAGUCUGGCGAUCACCCAUCCCCAGUUUUAUUGGUAUGUGGAUGAGACACUCAGUCCAGACAGCCUUCAUUCCUCUCUCCUCCGUAGCGAGAUACAUUUUGGAGCACCACUACCAUCUUUUUACUCUCUACAAGAUCGACCCCUGGAGCAGAGACGAAGAUUCAGGGACUUUGUGGUCCAGUAUGCUGAUAUUCUGGCUCAGCAGUCCACCAGCAAGGUGAAGGUGCUGUACGGGGGUACCGAGCUUUUUGAUGAUGAAGUCAGAAGGACGUUCCAUAGCGACAUGUUGCUGGCGCUAUUCAGCGGCACCUGUAUAGCAGUGCUGGUCUAUAUCCUUACUUCUUUUUCAUUGUUUCUGACUUUCUUUGGCUUGGCAAGUAUUGGCCUGAGCUGCCUGGUGGCUCUAUUCAUCUAUCAUGUGGUGUUCGGGGUGAAGUACCUGGGCAUUCUUAAUGGUGUGGCAGCCUUCAUAAUCAUUGGCAUUGGUGUAGAUGAUGUGUUUGUGUUCAUCAGUACGUUCAGGCAGGCAGCUCAUUUUGUAGGACCCCAGCAGCGUAUGAUCCACACGAUGAAGACGGCGAGUCGAGCCACCUUCCUCACCUCCUUCACAACGGCAGCCGCAUAUGCAGCCAAUGCUUUCUCCCAGAUCCCAGCGGUGCAUGACUUUAGUCUGUUCAUGUCUCUCAUCGUGAGUUGCUGCUGGCUCUGGGUGUCCAUUCUGAUGCCUGCCGCAUUGUGCAUUUGGAAUGAGUAUGCCGCUGCCCACGCUAACACCUGUAUGAAAUGGUGGAGUACUCUGAAUACACUCUCGGUCAAUCUGAGUCCUCUUUCUGAUGAGGAUGAUGAUGUGGCUCUUUUGACAGUAGAGACAGAACCAGAUCUUCACGAUUCCGAGACAGACGCUGCUCUGCUGCCUCUCCCAGAUGGAGAAGCAGAAGGUAACAUCGGGUUGGUCAGCGCCAAGCUCCAGAGGGCACUGCGAUCCUGGGUGGCUGAGCCUGCAUUGAAGAGACGUAAAACGAUUAUAGCCCUAUAUGUUGUGAUCCUGCUCGCUUCAGCAUGUUGCUGUGGCCUCCUGAAACCAGCCAGUCAUGCUCCAGCACUCUUUCACCACAACACCAACUUACAGCAACUGCUAGAUCUCCGUAGCAACCUGAGCGCCCAGGGGAUCUCGUGUCACACGUGCUCAGGAGUGUUUAUGGAGACACCACACAGCUUGCACAGCAGCGUCCAUGCAGUGAGCUCCGCAUCGAGGAAAAACCCCCCAUCAAACCAAGCUGAAGGGACUCAGAGACAGCAAAACGGCAUGAAUGCUACACAUUCUAUGACAGAUGGCCUUCUGACAGUUUAUGUCUCUAAGCUGGAGGUAGAUGCACCUGUUACCCUCUACCGCUACUCACUUAGUGCCAGCAUGCCCGCUCCCUGGAGAGCUCUCAGCCCCAGGCAUGGAGACGUGCCAUCAUUUCAGGCUUAUAACAGUCGCCAUGGCAACUACAGUGCACGGUUAACGGUGUGUGUGUCGCAUGCCUACCAUCCACGGCCACGAUGGAUGUUGACCUUGGGGUCAUGUGACCCCAGUCACGGCUGGAGGUCAGACUUCAGUUUCUUCGUGGCGCUUAGCGAGCAGAAGAACAGCAGGAAGCUGUAUUUUGCCCAGCACAACCUGAGCCCGUACCCUAGCCGCGUGUGUGACGGACCGCCGGGCUGUAUGGUCAGCUCUGCGCAUGAUGGAGCCACUCAGAGCAUUUUCUACACCCCUGUGCCUGCAGCCCCUAGAGAGGUGAAGAGCUCAAAGACAUCUGGCUUCAACCCAUGUAGCGGUGGCGGAUGUGGGAAGCCAGCAGUCCGUCCACUGGUGGACACCGGAGCCAUGGUGUUCGUUGUGUUCGGGAUACUCGGGGUCAACCGGACUCAGCGUUCAGACAACCAUGUUAUUGGAGACCUGGGCAGCGUGAUCUACGAUCCUGACUUUGAUCUCUUCAAUGAAAUUGGCCACUUGUGCCGACUCUGCAAAACCAUCAGUGCCAAUACGCAGCUUGUCAAGCCUGGUGGGGCACAGUGCUUACCUUCAGGCAACAGUCUCACGUCUAUUCUUCCUCUCCUCCAUCCUGAGUGUCAGUCUCUUCCCGAGCCCAACCUCCUGCCUGGACAGCUAUCCCAUGGUGCAGUGGGUAUGCAGGGGGGACGAGUCCACUGGAUCUCCAUGGCUUUUGAAUCAACCACCUACAAAGGGAAGUCGUCGUUUCAGGCCUACUCGGAUUUCCUGCAAUGGGAGAGCUUCCUGCAGGAGCAGUUAGCAUCCCUCCCACAAAGUUCAGCUCUGAGACGCGGCUUUCAGACUUGCCAGCACUGGAAGCAGAUAUUCAUGGAGAUCAUAGGUGUGGAGAGCGCGCUUUACAGUUUACUUAUGUCCUUGGCCAUCUGUAUAGCGUCCGUUGCUGUGUUUACUGUCCAUCCUCUACUUUUGCUGCCUAUCCUGCUUAGCAUUCUGGGUGUGGUGUGUCUUGUGGUGGCAGUGAUGUACUGGUUAGGCUGGGAGAUGGGUGCAGUGGAGGCCAUCUCUCUCUCCAUCUUAGUUGGAUCGUCGGUGGAUUACUGCCUACACCUGGUCGAGGGCUUCCUGCUUGCUGGAGAUACAGGAAACAUGGGGAGUGUCAGUCACAGCACGGACCCAUCGACCGAGCGUCAGCGGCGAACCCUGGAAGCUGUCAAUCACGUCGGAGUCGCCAUUGUAUCGAGUGCGAUCACGACAGUCAUAUCCACCGUACCACUGUUUUUCUGCACAAUUAUGCCUUUUUCAAAGUUCGGUCAGAUUGUGGCUAUUAACACUGCCAUCUCGAUAUUAUUUACCCUGGUUGUGACCACAGCCCUACUAGCCACGAUGGGGCCUUCACACUUCACUCGGCCACCCCGAGCUGUUCUCAAAGCCAGCUUGGUGGUGCUUGCAGUGGGGCUCUCAGGGUGCCUGUUCUGGUGGACUGGAUCACAACUGAUCCCCACCAGCUGGAGCUCACUUAUUACAUAGGCUUGGAGAUGUCUGCUGAUCUGUUAGACUAAAGUACUAAGACAGAAUUGUUUCGUAGUGUCAAAGCCACUGAAUGUAUUUGGUGUGUAAAUUAUUAGACUGUACAUGAUACUGUAUACAUGAUAGUACUUUGCUAAAAUUAAAGGGUGGACCUUGUGGGACACCUUAAAGGAAAGAUCCACAACGAAUGACUUACAUAGUAUUAUUAUUAUUUAAAAUCUGCAGUUUAAACUUGGAUCUCGGUGGCUUAGUGGUUAGUACUGAUGCCUGGCACCUUCUGGGUCCGAGUUUGUUUUCCGCCUUGGGUCUGUUUGAGUGGAGUUUGCAUGUUGUUCCUUUGCUUGGUGGGUUUCAUCAGGGUACACCAGUUUCCUCCUACCGUCCAAAGACAUGCAGAUUAAGCUAACUGGUGUUUCCGAACUGCCCAUAGUGUGUAAAUUUGUGUGUAUGUGUGCCCUGCAAUGAAUUGUCACCCCGUCCAGCGUGUACCCCACCUGGUGCCUCCUGGGUUGGGUUCCAGGUCCCCCCUGCUGUUUUUUCACCUGAUGAUGGAGGUGCAAGUGUGGUUUAGUCCUAUACCCAUUUGAGA